CAUAAGCUGUUAGAUGUUAGUUGACAUCACUAAGACUAAGUUAUGUGGUACAGUGGGUUCAUGGCUGUGCAUUUGAAGACCUUGUUGAUGUUGAAGAUCCUUGUUUCUAACCUAGAAAUGCCAUUGCACCUGGUGUCACACAUAACUUAAAAGGUUGGGUGUUUUUUCCACGUGUUUCAAUUGAACUUUCAUUUGUGUCAAGCUAAUUUUAAGUUCUAGUUAAGUUUUAAGUGAGAGUAUUGGCAGCAGGGGCGCCGCUAGGGAUUUUGGGCCCCAUGAAAAUAAUCUUUACCGGGCCCCCCAACACAGCGGCGAAAUUUGUUGAUGCUAUUUUACAUACAAUGCAUUUUAAUGGUAUUUUUGACUAUCAUUACCAUAUUUGUUAAAGAAGAGCAACAUGACAGUAGGGGAAGAACUGAGCACUCUGAAUACAAUGGAAUUCAUUUUGAUUCAUUUAUUUGCUGCAACACCGAUUUUUAAAUUGGAAAUAAACUCUUGAAAAAAUAGAAAUUAUAAUCAGUGGAGAGAAAAUCUGGAAAUGUAAAAAUCUCAGCAAAAACACCAUCAAAAUACAAAAUGGUCAUAUAUGAUUUCUCAUCGUUUAUGUAGAACUUAAUAUAUGGAAGAAUGGCAAAUAUAUAACAUUGACUGAGUCAAGCUUCCUUUUGCAACGUUUCAACUUGACUCUGUUCAGAAUGAGGCAUCAUUUUGACAGAGGGGAGAUCAACUAUUAUUGAAUGAGAACAGCUUGGGGGGGCUGCAGGCGUUGAUGUUUCCAAACAAAUAAAUUUAUUGUUACCAGGGCAUUGAAAAUAAAACAUUUGUGAUUAUUUGUGAUUUAAUAACUUAGUGUCAUUAUUUUUCUUUAUUAUAAUUUUGAUCAUCAUUAGGGGCCUCUCUGGGCCCCCCUCAAUCAUGGGCCCCUAUAAUCCGUAUCCUUUACCCCCCUUUUCGGCGCCCCUGAUUGGCAGUGUUCAAAAUAAAAUUAUGAGACCUGCUGUAUUGGAGCACAUUAGGCACCAGCGCUAAUUGUUUUAUCCAUGAAUGAUUACAGAGCUAAAAUUGAAAACUACCCAGUUUAGCUUUAUUACGUUUUUAUUUGUCUGACAUUUUCUGCCUUUUCUUUUAGUUAAAACUGUAGCGGGAACAGAGGUUUAUGUACCGGGUAAGGGCUGAUUUAUGGUUCCACGUUACAACAACGUAGAAUGGGGCGCGUCGCUGCGUAGCCGUGGCAACAGAGCCUGCAUGGCAGCGCAGCACCGCCAGCCGGACCGGCGCUCUCCGCCCUUGCCAGAGAGCGGCGUAGGCUGCGGCGUAGGCUCUGGGUCGAUUUAAUGCGGAACAAUGAUUUUGGCUUUAGAGGGGGGACAUAGGAGAAGAGACCAGAAGAAUAUAGCGUGGAUUAAAAAUAAAAGUUAAGCACUGAGCUACAUGUGUCUCCCGUCAGGGCCAUUACAGACUGCCUGAGUAUGGCAUGUUACAAAAAUCAAACAUGCCCGCCGCCUCUUUCUUCCCUCUUUAACGUGCGCAGCGCAUGGAUGUAGGCACAGGCAUGGAUCUAUUUUGGGCGCAGCGUCAGCGUGUUGUGUUGCAUUAAAUGUAGUCGGGGCCUGUGACGGCCUGCCCCUCUCCCUCCUGAUUGGCCAUUCUGCUUCCUGGAUGGAAGUUGGUGCAGGUCGUCAUCCCAAUUGGCCUCACCUGUGUGUGUGUGUGUGUGUGUGUGUGGGAGCCAGGGUAUCUAGGGGCUGGUUCUGGGUUUCCACCUGCCAAUGGGGUACUAAGUAUUCUUUCCUCCUGCACAAUACUUGCACUCAGCAUACUUCAUUCACCCACAUAGCAUACAUGACUGACACUCUACAUUUAAACCUACAUAUACUUUUGGUUUGUUUUGAUUUAAUUUUUAAUUUAAUAAAUUACAUUUUUGAAUUUGGUGACUCAUGUGUGGACUCCCUCUUUGUCACUAACUGGCCCGGUGUGUGACAAAAUGGGGGCUCGUCCUUUGGUCUGACUAUUGGUUUUUGAUGCUGGCAUAUGGUUUGUGUUCCUGUUAGGAAUUUUAGUUUGGCCGUAGUUGUAUUUGAAGUUAUUUGGUUUCAGAGUGGCUUAUUGGUAGCACCUGUUGAAGCCAAUUAGUUAGGUGCCAGUGUUGGGAGUUCCACAUGUGAUUCUUCUCUUCCUGAUUUUCAGUUUUGAAGGAGGUUUUGGUCGGUGGAGUUUGGGAGUAGUAGAGCAUUUGUCCUUAAGUUUUGUUUUUGUGGUUUGUAAUGCUUUGGUUGCAAUAAAUAAGGUGAGGGUUGGAACUUUGAGACUGGUCUUGGGGAAGGUGUGUUUUCCUCUGUCCAUAUUGACAGAGUUUUCUUAUUUUAGUUUGAGUUGGAGAUUGCCGGUAGUCCUGUUAUCGGUUUUGUUUAAGGUUAUAGAUUUACCUGGUUUUUCUUUAGUGGGGAAAGUGCAUGGUCCGACGGCCCAUUGCGUGGCUGGCCCUGUGCUUACCCCUCUUUUGUUCUUUUUGGCCGGGAUCUCCAUCUCCUUUUGGUUCUUUACUUUUGGGUUUACAUUUUUUCCUUGUUUAUUUCUUCCCCCAGGCUUUGUUUGUGGUUCCAACACUUAAAGUAUUGAUUUAUUUAUUUUUUCUUUGUCACUUUGUGUAGAUAGUGUAGCAUGGCAUCUGUAGUGGAUGAAUUUGUUGAUUCGCUGUCAGCAGCACUAUUAGAUCAGUGUACUAAGGACCAGUUGCUGCUAAUUGCUGAGAAGUAUGAGCUUGAGGUACCAGAUAGAAAAUUAAAGGAGUCUGUUAAAGUCAGUGUGAAGGCAGGUUUGUUGGAGAAAGGAAUUCUUAAACCUGGUGUGGGGACUCGUUCUUCAGUUUCUGCAGAUACUGUUUUGAGUUUUGAGCAACAAAAGGAACUUUUGUUGUUAAAGCAAAAACAUGAAUGGCAGCUAGAACUGGCUUUGGAAGAGAUGAGGCAAAAGACUGAGAGGGAUAAGUUGGAAUUGCAGCAUAGAAAGCUAAGCUUAAUUCAAGAGGGUAAAUUGUCAGGUUCGGCUGAUGGUGAAGGGCCUCGGUAUCAGUCUGGUGCAUCAGUGACAUCUAAUACGAGGCUUUGAGAUGGUGAAAUUAAACGAUUCCUCGAGGCAGAGAAAAUUCCUCGAUCAUCUUUUAUAAUCGAAUUACUCGAAUUAUUCGAUGAAUCGUUUCAGCCCUAGUUUCGUCCCGUAAAAUGGGCGCCGCUGUGUUUUGGAUACAGUGGAGUGAGGCGUGUUCAUGAGCCUAUUGUCAUUUGCCAGUCAGUGACAUUUUACACGGAAAGGAGUGUGUGGAGAAGAAACAAACCCGUUGAACAAUCUUUUUAGAAAAGAAGAACUCUGAGUGCAUACUAGCCUAUUCACACUGAAAAUGUGUACAUUUGUGAUCAGUGUUGCUACCAUUUAGGUUUGGAGUUCAUCUGAAAUGCACCAAUUAAGUUUGCUUAGUGUAGUUUGAGGAGAAGUAAUUUCCACAUAUGCACUAAUACACAAUACCCACAUGCAGAUGAUCUGAAGUUUGUGUUUAAAGUUCAGUGGGUUUUUGUCUGCUUAGUUUACACAUCGGAAUUUAUCCCACAAAAUUCUUAAGACUUCUAUAAGUCUUCAUAGAAAAGCAUGCAUUUGCAUUACAGCAUGCAAACAGAAGAUUAAGUAUCUCCUGAAGACUAUAUGAUUAAUCUGGAGACAAUUUUCUGGUAUUCCUUUUGGGCGUGCUACAAUAGAGCUCAACAACAGUUGAGAAGGCAUUAUUUGAUAGAAUGCUUCCUUUUAGUCCAACGUUUUGUGACAAUGACUUAUUGUUUAUAUAUAUAUAUAUAUAAGUUCACUGAAGACUACUUUUUUACGUUGCAGGAGAGUUGCUGCACUGACAGUUUUUGUGUGGUGUUACUUUCAUUAAACCAUAACCCACUUGGAUUGCAAUGAGAACAUUUUGAAAUAGGAGAGUUCUGUGGUCCUUGAGAUAGGAGACAGAAUUUAACAGGUUUUGCCCCCUUCUAAAUCUAAGGUGAUGGGAGGGGGGAUCUGGGGGAUCUCUCUGGGACGUAGAGAUAACCGUCCCUAGAACAAUCAUUAAGUCAGACUUGCCGACUUGCCAGGGUGCAUAGGUCAAGAAGUGGGAGAACCACUUACUUAUCUGGGAAGAAGUCAGGACUCGGCAGCGAUGACAACGAGACCCCCACCUCUGUUGACAAUACAACUCAAAUUCUAGGUGACACGAAAACCUGUUCCCCCUGGUGGAUACAUUGAGCCAUGGGAAGUUUUUCCCAUAGCUCAAACAGGAGGGAUGAAUAGUAUAGUACACAAAGAAUUAAAUACUAAAUACCCUUUAAAAAAUUUUUGUAGGGUCUUUCCGACAUGUUGCAGAUACAAUAUGCAAGGCAAUAUGAGGCCUAAGAGAGGUCAGUGUCGUGAAAGGACCUAUCCAUUUGAAGUUGUUCAUAUGGAUUUCGUUCUUGGAGUGAACUAAUGGCCUGGUAAAUUAAGGCUCAGGAAAGCCAUGGCCUGAAUGACGGCCAUUAGUCGAACUGUACAUAAGAAUCGUCUUCUUGUGGGCUGCUGGUUUCUGCUCUCUCUCUCUCUCUCAAGCAGGAACUGCUGAAACCAGAUCCAGAUCCUGAUUGGUGAGAAAAUUUUCCACUAAUGACUCAUGCUGACAUGUUAGGAAUUGUUCCUUAAACUCUUUACUUGCAUUGCUGUGUUGUAAUAUGAUUACACUGAUGUAGGUUCGUAAACUGGUGCUGAAGCUAAUGUUACCAAAGCUAUAGCCGAAUUAUGUCAGUUAGCCAAAGUUGUGUCAGAAGAUAGACGCUCAGCAGGAGACCACUUUUGGGUCCUGGCUGACUUCCGGCCCCUGGACUGACAUAAUGGCUAGAUUAUGAUUUCGAUUAUUACUGUCAUUGUACUGUUCUGUGUGUAUCAUUCUGUGUCUAAGUGCAAUGAUCCAAAGAACCAUCCAACCAUCCACUGGACUAAGGAAGUUAGUCCAGUAUUGCCAACAACUCCAUCAAACUCUAACUGAGGACAACCUGUUUAUGAUAACACUGGAGUAUAGAUUGUUUCAUUUUGUUUACUGUGAAAUGUUUUAAGCUUUUAUGUGUCUUGGCCAGAGUGAUCGCUCACUAGGAGGGUCGGAGAGGAAUUUUGCCCCAUAUAAUCGGGUUUUCGCCUCUCCCUUGACAUAUAAUUACGCGAUAAGCCCUAGCUAUUUUUUAAAUGUUUGACCUUAAAUGUUUAUGAGGCUAUUAUUCUAAGCCUAAUGGACGGAUUUUAGUUGAAGUUUCAAAUUGACAAGAGUAGGGAAAUGUGAGGUAAAUCAACCUUUGAACUUGUUUUGUCAUUGUGAAACUGUCACAUGAGUGGCUAACAGAAGCCACAUCAGCCACUUCCUGAUCUACUAGGUUUUGAACUGUCCUGUGACAGGUCACCACUGUAAUGUCAGGACUCAAUCAAACGUUAUCACUUCCACCCAUUGUCCACUACCCAAUGUCUACUGUCUACUGUUUACUAUGCAUUGUCCUCAUAUGAUCAAUUCCUGUCAAAGUUUCUUAAUAAAAGCAUCUUCUAGAGGGAGGAUCUUUGGGGAAGCUCAGGAGUUCUCAGUGAGGGCAGUUGCCCUGCACUCCUGUUGCUCUCCCCCCUCCUGCAGGAGUUCGCUAAAACCCAUUCCAAGGUAGUCUUUGUGUCUUUCCUCAUUAUGAAUUUAUGUAAUGUUGUUUUAAACCUAACAUGCGCCUCAGUAAAACCACACAGCAGGGACCAAUAAGAUAGAAGAGACAAACCUUGUGCCACAACAUUUGAGAACUGUUUGAAUGAUUUCAGUAUGGUGAUUAUUAAUUAUUAAUCAAUGAAUACACAGCUUCCGUAGUGUAGAUUACAUUUUUUUCAAACAAACAGAAGUUAAUGGUGAGAUUUACAAUACAUUUGCUUGUUUUUCCUCUUCUUUUCUUCAACGUGCUGCUAUUUCAAAAUACAUUUUCGUAUCUAAUGGCUGCAAAUAACACACUUCAUUGUCUCUCUGUUUCUCUUGUCUCUUUUACUCACCACCGUGUCAGUUCUGUGUUGUCCCAAUAAAAUAAAGGAGCCUGAAUCUGAGUAUCUGUGUGAUCCGACAUGAAGUCAACAAUUGGAGAACUUAUUCUACCUAAAAGGCCAUUAAAGUGAUUUGAUCAGACGAGUUACAACCGGAGAAGAGCAGGAGAAGACUCUCAGUUUCAGGGCGAUUUUACUCUGACUUCUAAAAUCAUGGACGGAUCUGCUACUAGGAACAUUGCCCUGCUUGGAAAAACUGGAUCUGGGAAAAGCAGCUUCGCCAACACAAUAUGUGGAGAGACGCUCUUUAAAGUAGAUGAUAGUCUUAACUCAGAAACCAAAACAUGUGAAACCAAAACCAAACUUGUUCAUGGUUAUGACUUCUCUUUGAUUGACACUCCUGGUUUCUUUGACACAAACAUGUCUGAGGAUGAUCUGAAGUCUGAGAUAGUUAAGUGUAUUAUAGAGUGCGCUCCUGGGGUUCAUGCUUUUCCCAUUGUGCUUAAAUGGGAAAGAUUCACAGAGCAGGAGAAGGAUGUUAUUAAUAAAAUACGCAGUUACUUCUCUGAUGAAGCACUGAAAUAUGCUGUAGUGGUCUUCACUCAUGGUGACCAGCUCCCUGAAGGGAAGAAAAUAGAGGAGUUUAUCAGUCAGAAUGAGACUGCACAUGAGCUGGUGGAGAAAUGCGGCGGCCGCUGCCACGUCAUCGAUAAUAAAUACUGGAACAAAGAAUCAGGAGAUGAAUACAGGACAAACCAGUUCCAGGUGAAAGCGAUUCUUGACACCAUAAACAGGAUGGUGACUGAAAAUGAUGGCAAAGUUUACACCAAUGAGAUGCUGAAGGAAGUGGAGAGAAGAAAACAAGGAGAAGAAAGAGUUUUUGAAAUUCUCAAGUAUGCUGCAGCUAUCACCACAGGAGUUUUGCUGGGAGCUCUGUUCGGUGUGCCUGAAAUGAUUGUUGAAGUUCUCAAAGUACUGAGAGAAAAAGACCCAAUAGAAAUAUUACCUGUAGUUGCUGCAGGAACCACUGGUAUAGGAGUUGCAGUGGUAGCAGGGUUUGCUGUCAAAGGAGCAAUAGAUGGAGGUAAACUUGGAUAUAAUGAAGCUGAGAACGCAAAGUCAGGGGCAGAGGCAGCAAAGAACACGGCUGUCAGAUGUUUUACAAACUUAUGUGAAAAAACACAGAAGGAACUAAAGCAAAAGGAAAGCAAAGAGGACCAGAUGCCUUUGUUAAAAAAAAUAGACUGAAGAUCUGCUUUCACUUUUGCCAGAUGUAUGAUGUAAAUAAGUCUUAAUUUCUUUAGUGCAUAUAUUCAGGUGUAGGCCUUCUCUCUUUUCUUUAAUCUAUAGGGGUCACUAGACCAACACAUAAACUGUCUGAAAAAUGUUGUAAUUGAACAGGUGAAACCCAGAGAUGUCACAGUUUCUAUUUAGAUUCCUGUUUUAUUUUUAAAACCCAUGUCAUUGUGUUUUCGUUUUGUCUUGACUUCCCUUGUUCCCAUCUGCCCAUCUGUAAAUCUUUGUUUACAGGUUUGUUAUCUUAUAGUAAAUUGUAAUUGUCAGCAGUAAAUGUAAAUCAUGUGUUUACAACUGUGGGGUGUUCGGUGUACUUACCUGAGUAGGUGGUAUGUUCCAGUGUGAGGAGGAGCAGGUAAAAUGCCAUUCAGUGGUCAAUAAGUGAGAGACUAGGUGGCUGGUGGCGGUGAGGCUGCAGGUUUUAUUUGUUUGAUGUUAUGAUUCGUUUUUUGCCUUUGUUUCAUUAAUAUUUUUGUUAAUAAACAUCACUUUUUGAG